AUGGUUGACAAUGCGGCAGGAGAAGAUAUCGGAACAAAAACGACUGGAGAGAUGUUCAAAAUUUUCGAGACAAUGAGCACGAAUUCGUCGCAGAAGAGCAGGCGAGGGAAGAAAGUGACAGUGAACGAGGUCGGGCCGGGCAACAAUGUGAUGGCCCAACAGUUAGCCGAGCUCACAGAGCAAAUGCGUUUACUUAACGCACGAGGAGCUCAGCCGGAGUUCGUUGAGCAGUAUGCAGAUGCCAGCGCUUUACAGGGAUACCAAGCCCGACCUGGCAAUGACCCGUUUUCAAACACGUACAACCCCGGAUGGAGGAAUCAUCCCAGCUUCUCCUGUGAGCAGCGGAGGGUCAAUCAUGAAGCCUCCAUCAAGCAUAUUGAGACACAGUUGGGACAACUGGCCACUAGGGUCUGGCACAUGGAGGUCGAAUCUGACAAAGGGAAGUUGCCUAGCCAACCCGAGCAAGCUAAAGCUAUCACGGUUCUCAGAAGCGGGAAGGUAGUGGACAACAAGGUGCAAAUGCCCGGACCCGAGGAUCAAGAGGUGACCGAAGAACCUGAAAGUGAGGGGGCAGAUGCAGAGAAGAUCAAGGAAGAAGAGUCUGGGGAAGGUGGCAGACGAGCCCGUACUACACAAGUCACCAAAUCCAUUCAAGCCGCGCAUUCCUUUUUACGGACCAACUCAGAAAUGAGAAGCAGGAGAAGCAUUUCCGGGAUCUUUUCAGCAUGUUGUCCAAGGUAA